AUGUAUAUUGGGAGAUUCCUUGAUGUUGAACGGAAAAAAGACGAACAAGAAUUGGUGAUUGUGAAUGAACCGGAAUUUGAAAAGAAUGGCGGGGAUGAGAGAUUCGAUAUUAGAGAUGGCAUGAGCAAGGUGGAAAGGAUUGAGAGGGGCGGUGGAGAGAGAAGUGCGUCGCCGGCCAUGGAGACGGCUGAGAAGAGAAAGAUGGUGGUGACGGCUAGGCAGAAGGGUGAUGAGGAUUGUUCCGAUCCUGCUAAACGCCGUCGGUUUGUUUCAGAUAUAUGCAAAGGCCUCAAUUAUGGUCGAACUCUGCAAGAAUCUGUAUCUUACUUGGAACCCAUGAUUAGAAAAUGGGUGCAGGAGGCAGUGGAGCGAUCACUCGAAAAAAAUCUGAGACCCUCAUAUGAUCAUGACCAAGUGGACAGUUCUGGAUCAAGGAAUUUGCAACUGCUAUUUGAUAGCAGUUUACCACACACCCUUUUUACGGGCAAUAAAAUCAUGUCCCGGAACGAAAGCCCUGUGAAACUUGUGAUGUACGAUUCAAACUCCAACGAAAUAAUAACGUGUGGGCCCCUAUCUUCACUCAAAGUUACCAUUGUUGUUGUUGAUGGUGAUUUUGGAGCUGCUAAUGAUUGGACGAAGGAGGAGUUCGAUAGCAAAAUUGUUAUGAACAGAGAAGGCAAAAGACCAUUAGUUACCGGACAAGUGAAACUCACUUUGCAAGGUGGAGUCGGUUACUUAAGUGAUUUAAUCUUCACCGAUAAUUCGAGCUGGAUUAGAAGUGGUCGAUUUCGCUUGGGAGCCAAAGUGCAUACUAAUUCCGAUCAAGUCGACAUUAGAGAAGCAAUGAGCACUCCCUUCAAAGUCAAAGAUCAUCGCGGGGAGUCUUACAAGAAGCAUUACCCACCAUCCCUUGACGACCAAGUAUGGCGAUUGGAGAAGAUUGCUAGAGAUGGUCCGUCCCAUAAAAAGCUGACUCUCUCUGGAAUAUUCUCCGUAGGCGAUUUCUUGAGGCUCUACGCUACAGACAAGUACCAACUACGCAAGAUACUUCAAGUGUCUAACAAAACAUGGGAGACAAUCUUCAGACAUGCUACAACUUGUUCUUUAGACGAUAAGAAAUACGUGUUCAGGACUGCAACCGGGACGGGGCUUUUCUUCAACUCCAUAUAUAAUGUUAUUGGAGUCACUUUUGACGGCCAAGAUUACCAUUCCAUGGAGAGUCUCAACCCUUAUCAGUUGAGGGUGGUCGAAGAACUGAAGCAGCAUGCUUAUAAAAACAUAAACGAGUGGGUUUCAGUUUGUGACCCAGUAAUUGUUGGAUACCCGAUGCUCGUGGCAACUACAUCACCCGACAGUUUUACCAAUCCUAAUGUGGAUCUUCAUGGUAUCAAUUUUCAAGAACUAGAUGCACCGCCUCCUUAUAAUUGUUUGUUCGAAGUAGGGGAGAGUUCAAAUUCAAUGGAAUGCUUCAACAACUCACCGACAUUAACAAACUGUUUUGGGAUGAGUAGUGAUUAUUAUUGUCCAGAUGGUGGACUCUAUAUUGAUAACUAUGUGGCGGGGGGGUCAGAGUCACAUUUGUCAACUGACGAUCUACCGAUAGAUGAUGGUUUUCAGGUUGAGUCGUCGUCAUCAGCUUUGCAAGGGAAUAAUUAUAAUGGAUUAUUUGUUGCCUCUUUUGUCAACGGUGGAAUAUCUGACCGCAUAUCCAAAACAAGUGGGUGUAAGUUUGUGCUGUUGGUGAAGACACGGAGACUGGGCAGGCGUAAUCUGGCUGCUCGGCCGUGGCUCCGUGUUUGA